AUGGAGUUGGGGGAUUAUGAACAGCCUGUUGUUAUGAGAGAGGAAAACAAACGAAGGAGAAGAAGGAUGAAGCCUCAUUGUACAUCGAGCAAUUUGUCGUCAAUGGAACUGAUAUCCAUUGAGUUCAUUUUACCUACAAGCAAUAAACAUACUAAAGUACCGGAAGUGAUACUGCUCGAAAUAGCUGGCAACUGUACGGUUGAGCAAAUGAAAGCACAGAUUUGGAUGCGUGCAAUAGAGACGAGUCAAACCACGGAAUUCUACCAUGCAUUCACCCCAGAUCAGUUUGUUCUGCAGUAUCAGAAGAAAGGGCAAUGGUAUGAAAUUUAUGAUAAGCAUCAGUUAUUACAGACGUUGGACUGCAUACUGUACUGGAAAGUGUUACAGAAAAAGGUAGGCAAGAUCUAUGUUGUCCAGAAACAAAAACCGUCAGAAGAAGUUCAGGAAUUUCAGCGGCAGCUUAAUGAUUUAAUUGGUUAUGAUGUCACUGAUGUGAGCAAUGUGCAUGACGAUGAGCUGGAGUUUACCCGUCGCAGACUAGUCACUCCACGAAUGAUAGAGGUAGCCUGUAGAGAUCCUAAAUUGUAUGCUAUGCACCCAUGGACUACGUCUAAGCCACUCCCAGAAUAUUUAUUUAAAAAGAUCACCAAUAAUAACAUUUUCCUAAUCAUACAUAGAGGAACAACUAGCCAAAAAAUUAAAGUAUCAAUAGAUGACACUCCAGAUAUGAUUCUCCACAGUUUUUUCACAAAAAUGGCAAAGAAAAAGUCUUUGAUGGACAUUCCUGAAGAUCAUAGUGAACUGGAUUUUGUUCUCAGGAUAUGUGGCAGAGAUGAGUAUAUUACUGGAGAGACACCAAUCAAAGAUUUUCACUGGAUAAGACAGUGCCUUAAGAACGGGGAAGAAAUCCACCUUGUCUUAGACAAUCCCCCUGACCCGAAUGAGGAUGAGGUUCAGAAGGAAGAGUGGCCCUUGGUGGAUGACUGUACAGGAGUUACAGGGUAUCAUGAGCAAUUGACAAUAGAUGGAAAAGAUCACGAGAGAGUCUUCACUAUCUCCUUGUGGGAUUGUAAUAGGAAAUUUAGAGUGAAAAUAAUUGGCAUUGAUAUCCCAGUUUUACCAAGAAAUACUGAUCUUACUGUGUUUGUGGAGGCUAACAUUCAACAUGGGCAACAGCUCCUGUCACAGAGGAGGACUUCAUCAAAGCCUUUUACUGAGGAGGUUCUAUGGAAUAUUUGGUUGGAGUUUGAUAUCAAAAUCAAGGAUUUGCCUAAAGGAGCACUUCUGAAUCUUCAGAUAUAUUGUGGGAAAGCUCAGGGACUGUCCACAAAGACAAACCUUCAGUCACACGAAUCCCCCAACUCUGAUUCAAAAUGCAAAACUCAGCUUCUCUAUUAUGUGAAUCUUUUGUUGAUAGAUCACCGUUUUCUGCUACGAAGUGGGGAGUAUGUGCUUCAUAUGUGGAAAAUUCCAGGCAAGGGAGAAGAGCAAGGAAGUAUCAAUGCAGACAAACUCACAUCAGCAACUAACCCGGAUAAGGAGAACUCCAUGGCUAUCUCUAUUGUGCUGGACAAAUAUUGUCACCCAAUUGCCUUGCCCAAGCACAGGAUAACAUCAGACCCCCAGGGGGAUAGGACACGAGCUGAAAUGCCCAACCAGCUUCGCAAGCAGCUUGAAGAGAUCAUAGCAACUGACCCACUUAAUCCACUUUCUCCUGAAGACAAAGAACUGUUGUGGCACUUUAGAUACGAAAGCAUAAAGCACCCCAAGGCGUACCCUAAGCUGCUUAGCUCUGUGAAAUGGGGACAACAAGAAAUAGUGGCAAAAACAUACCAGUUGCUAGCUAAAAAGGAGGUUUGGGAUCAAAGCACUUUAGAUGUUGGACUCACAAUGCAACUUCUGGACUGUAAUUUUUCAGAUGAAAAUGUCCGAGCAAUGGCAGUUCAAAAACUGGAAAGUUUAGAAGAUGAUGACGUUCUUCAUUAUCUUUUACAGCUUGUUCAGGCUGUGAAAUUCGAGCCAUAUCACGACAGUGCAUUAGCCAGAUUUCUGCUGAAACGUGGCUUGAGAAACAAAAGAAUUGGUCACUUCUUGUUUUGGUUCUUAAGAAGUGAGAUUGCCCAGUCCAUGCAUUACCAGCAGAGGUUUGCGGUCAUCCUAGAAGCCUACCUUAGGGGCUGUGGAAAAGCAAUGCUACAUGAUUUCAUGAAGCAGGUUCAAGUAAUUGAAUUGCUGCAUAAAGUCACAAUGGAGAUAAAAUCAGUUUCUGCAGAAAAGUAUGAUGUCACUUCUCAAGUUGUUGCACAGCUGAGACAGAAGCUUGAAAAACUACAAAACAGCAAACUUCCAGAAAGUUUUAGAGUUCCAUAUGAUCCUGGGCUAAGAGCAGGAGCCCUAGUGAUAGAAAAAUGUAAAGUGAUGGCGUCUAAGAAGAAGCCCCUCUGGCUUGAGUUUAAAUGUGCAGAUCCAACAGCUCUGUCAAACGAAACCAUAGGCAUAAUCUUCAAACAUGGAGAUGACCUCCGUCAGGACAUGCUUAUUUUGCAGAUUCUUCGAAUUAUGGAAUCCAUUUGGGAAGCAGAAUCCUUGGACCUCUGUUUGUUACCAUAUGGCUGUAUUUCUACAGGGAACAAGAUAGGAAUGAUUGAAAUUGUGAAAGAUGCUACGACAAUUGCCAAAAUUCAACAGAGCACAGUUGGCAACACUGGUGCAUUUAAGGAUGAAAUACUUAACCAGUGGCUCAAGGAAAGAUGUGUGAUUGAAGAGAAGUUUCAGGCAGCUGUGGAAAGAUUUGUUUAUUCUUGUGCUGGAUACUGUGUGGCAACGUUUGUACUUGGAAUAGGAGACAGGCACAAUGACAACAUAAUGAUUACAGAAACAGGUAACCUUUUCCAUAUUGAUUUUGGCCACAUUCUUGGGAAUUAUAAAAGCUUCCUUGGAAUUAAUAAGGAAAGAGUUCCUUUUGUGCUGACUCCAGAUUUCCUUUUUGUCAUGGGGACUUCUGGAAAGAAGACAAGUCUCCAUUUCCAUAAAUUUCAGGACGUAUGUGUGAAGGCUUAUUUGGCUCUUCGACAUCACACAAACCUGCUGAUCAUCCUGUUCUCCAUGAUGCUCAUGACUGGAAUGCCCCAGUUAACCAGCAAAGAGGAUAUCGAGUAUAUCCGGGAUGCGCUGACAGUAGGGGAAAGCGAAGAAAAUGCCAAAAAGCAUUUUCUUGAUCAGAUAGAGGUUUGCAGAGAUAAGGGCUGGACUGUGCAAUUUAACUGGUUUUUACAUCUUGUGCUUGGAAUCAAACAAGGAGUAGAAAAGCAUUCUGCGUAA